AUGGCAGAUGAACAGCGAAAGCGACUGUCGUUCAGAAAUCCUUCACAUCAAUCACAGGUGUGUAAAAAUAUUUUCUAAAAACUGAACGAAAAACUGAGCAUAUGGCCGUAUAAAUAAGAUCGUUUAGUAAAAAAUUGUUAUCUAAGCUCCUGAGUCCUAUGCUAUAAGCUCCUGGUUCCCUUUCCUACCCAAGGCACUCAAGGAGUUGCUAGGCUAUCCUCGAAGAAAUUGUUAAGGGGGGGAUACGAUUAACAGGGAGAGCUUAAAGGAAAAUGGAAGAGAGAAAAACAAACCAUUUUUUUUAGUGGGAUGGCGGCUCUAUCUUAAAAUGAGAGGUUUUGAUUAUUAAGGAAUUGUAUGUCGCCCUCACCAUCGGAUGAUUAUGUUCAUUCACCACCGGAAUGAAAUCAGAAAUUUGUCCUGGGAAUUUAGAAAUCAGGCCCACAGGAGUUAGAGAUGUUUUGCCACUUAAUUGGUGUAAACUCAAGGUUCUGCAAGUCGCACCUCAGAAAAAAAGUGCAUACAUGAUCAUGAAAGUCCAGUCUCUGUGGUGUUUGUUAACUUGGAAGAACUUCAUUAAAUUGGAAUGUCUAAUUUAUAAAAACUCUCACAAGGCAAAACCUUAUUUACUAACUAAAAGAACAAAUUUCUUGGUUUAAUUCUUGGGGUCAGUAGUUCUACAGUCAAAUAUCCUGAUUUUAGUGGGGAGUUGCAUAAUUUUCAAUCUACAUGUUCAUCAGCUUGACCCUUUUUUUAAACAAUUGGUUUGUACAGGAAGUAUGGAAACUUUAUGAUUGCAUCUUGAUUUCGAAACCACCUGGAUCUGUCAUAAAUGCCAAUUCGGUAGAGGUGAGUAAGUACUGUACAUGUACAUGGUGAUAUAAAUGGCUCAGUAACCCACUCAUUCAGUGGAGUUUCAAAUAGAAUCAAGAAAAUUGCAAGUUCAAACUCAAGAUCACUAAUUUAUUUGAAGACUGCAAAUGCAAGGGCUAUAUUAGUUUUGGAACUGUAUAUGCCAUUAAGGAGCCAGGACCAACAAAGUUAAUUCCCAGGAGGUGUUUGAACUGAAGAUACAUGAAAGGAACAAUAAAAACUGACCAUACUAAACAUAGCACAACCAUUGAGCACUUUGCUUUCUUCCUCAGAUUCCUGAGCUCAAGUUAUUAUGGGAGUUGACUGGAGAUUCUUCAGAAGUUUUAAGCAGAUUGUGUUGUAAUUGCUUGGUACAGCUAGUUGUUGAUGACCAUGCUGAAUUUGAAUAUAUCAUAAGAGGACUAUUAAGUGUGGCUCCAUCUGCAAGGUGGGUCUUAACACCUACAUCCAAGCCUCUUUAAUGUUAACUACAGGGCAAGGUGAUGAUCUGUCUUAGGCAGCCAAGAUAAAUCAAAUAUUCUCCAGAUGCUAGCUCUUAAUUGUGAUUAUAUCCUUGCAAACUGUUUUUGAGUCAAAGGGGUUGAGUGGCUUUUUCUAAGAGGGUGAGGUCCUCUGUAGAGGAGCCAACCAUAAUCAAAGAUGCAUUAACAUUUUGGGUUGAAGCUAACCUGUAUUUGUUUAGCUACAUUACACAAGCCAGUAACCUUACAAGCUGUGAUCUUCACCUAUAGGUGUCUUUAUUUAUAAUACACAGAAAUCUGAGUGGUAUAUCAAAAGCCUUGAGUUGUUUGCUGACCUUUCAAGUUUAUAAGUGUACUACAGCUGGUAUGGAAUAUAUAUGCCCCUUUUCUUUAAGGUCAGUGUUGUACAAAUGGCAUUAAACUCAUUUUAUUUAAAGUUUUUUCAUCAAAAGUUUAUUUCAUUGACACUCUUAGCACAAAAAAAUUCUUAUAACUAGCAAAAUGAAAGCACAACAAUUGUCACUGACAAUACACUGCAAUCUUAUGAUACCUAAAUAUUGCAUGUUGUUUACGGUAAUUAUAUACAUGUGAUUUAUGGAGUGUUUCUUCAUUUACCUGACUGUUUAUUUUUUGUCUUAUCAGGGCCUCUCCCCACCCAUUCAUUACACUAGUGAUAAGUUGUCCUGAAAGUGCAACAAUCCUGAUCCAAGAAGUCAGUGUUUUACUUGUAAACAGUAUCAAAAGGUACAGCCAUACUUAAAUCCCCCAACCAAUUUUCCUGAUGUUGUGGCAAAUCUUUUAUGUUUUGAACUAUGCAUGGUAUUAAUUCAAUUUUCAAUUAUUGUGUUUUAGCAAUGAGAUCACUCAGUUCCAUUAGUCAGAUGUUAACUUGCCUCUCCUACAGUGUCACAUUCAGCUUUAAACAAGUUUAAAAUUAUGUUAACUCACCUAACAUGUUUGCUUAUAAUUUUGUCAGGAGUAAACCUGGUUACAAAAACCAACUUAUUAAAAUAUGCUCUAACAAAAGUUUUUAGGGCAAUUUGCAGAAGUCUGUCUCUAAAUUGAAUAAGAAUGUUAAUGUUCAGAGGUGGAAUCAGAAAUCUGGAGAUUUUUGCUCCGAGCUAACAUCCCAAUUCCCCACUACCUUCCCCUCAUCCCCUAGAUUUGUUAACUGACUUCUUUUCCCUGAUGUCUCCUCACAAAGUGGAAGUCAUUCUUAAAGUUGAUACAAGCAAUAAAAAAUUGAGGAACUCCACUUUACCUUAAAGUCCUUGACAUAUUUGAUACCUGGUUUCCCAUGUUUUUGGAACCCUUUAUGUUACUUGUAAGAGUAUGCAAGUGCAAAUUAAGCUUUGAAGAAUUAAAGGAGGAAAAAGCAAGUACCCUGACAGAGAGCAAUAGCAAUCCAAAAAGAGCUUUUUCUUGACAUGUUAAUGCAGCUUCCUUUAAGGGUUUUGAGCUGCCAGAGUGUAUCAAGAUGAUACAUAUUCAAACAGCAGUCCCCAGCCUCUGUGAAGCUACUUGAACGUCUUUAGAGUAAACUCAAAAUUUUUUCACAGAAGUACCACACAAGAUUGAUAAUCCUGAGCCUCCAUGGGGAAACUCCAACUCUGAAAAGUCAAAAUGGUGUAAAACUUAAACACAUAUACAAUAUUAUUCAAGAACAUAUCUGCCAUAGAAUUAACCCUUGAGAAAUAUUGGAUUUGUAUAACAUCAGAGACAACAGAGAAAGCCACACCCUUUGAAGUUUGACUUUUUGUAUGAGAUUACAAUCAUUAUAGUUACCAAUAUGUGAACAAUCAUUCAAGGCAAUAUCAAAAAAAUGAUUUUUUACAAGGAAUAUUUCAACAGCAAAUUUGCUAACAAAUGUGUUUGGUACAAAAAAGGUAAAAAACAUGCACAAGUAAGAUUAAAAAAAGAAAUUUAGUAUAGGGUGGACCAUUGUGUAAAACAAAAUCCACUAACCGUCUGAUAAAAUGGAAUUCAUGUAUUUUGGUGGUAUGCAACUUCUCAAGAGCUCAGGAGUUUUUCUUUUUCGGUUUUUUUUUUUCAAGAGAUAGUAGGCUAUGCAUAUGUUUUAAAAUAUGGAGUGUAAAAUGAUUGAAACCAAUACAUGGGUGGGUUCAGUUUAGAUGAAUUUUUAAGUAAUUAUAAAAAUCUUUGGGCUCAAUAUGCUAGAAGGGUUAACACAGAUUAUGCAACUGUGUUGUGUCCUGGGGAACAUACCAUUUUUGUUAUCCUAUGGGUAUUUAUUAUUUUUUUUAACAGAUAUCUCAAUUGUGAUCCUCGAUUUAUUCUACGGAUGCUGGAAACAUUUUUUAAGUUUGUUCUUUUGGAUCCAAAUGUCACAGUUAAUUGGUUUACUAGGCAGCAACUUUUAACAACCCUCUUGCAGACAGCCAGUGCUUUACUUCAAUGUACUGGUAUGUCUAAAUUUUAGUGAUUUGUUAGAGAAUUGUAGCAGUCCAUUUUGUUCUAGCAUAUAUUCAUAUCUUUAUACAUUCAGCAUGCAUUCAUUUAUGACAUCAUCCUGGUGUAAGUUCUACCUCUUUCCUAAGAAGGUACUACGGUAAAAAUCCUUAUGUGUGCAUAGCUGUGCAUCCAUAACAUGAUGCAUGCAGUUUAACUUCAGCUGAAAGUUUCCAUCAAGUGUAGCAGCAUGUAUUAUGCAAUCCUCUUGAGUUCACUUGAUAGAUUGGAACAGGCUCAAUUUCUUUUUAUGUACUAAGAUAUCACUAAGAUAUGUACUUUGUUUUGUUAUAUUAAGAAACUGAUCACAGCCAUGAAGAAGUUACUGAGAGAAAAGUUCUUGUUGGGGAUAUUAUUGAUUUAUUGACAUCUCUUGUUCCCUGCUAUCAGGUCAGUUUAGAAUCAAUUGGUUAUGAUAAGGAACAUAACCUUUAUGAAAAUAUCUUAUACAUUUUUGGCAAUUGAGUAAUUGGUUGCAGUAGAUUCUUUGAGAAAAGUACAUUUCUUUUCCGCUCCUCUAGAGAUUAUUUUCUCUAGUUAGACCAUUUACUACUAGUUGGAUCAUUUUAUAUAGUUACCCCAUGUAUUACAAGCUGGACCUUUUAUCUACAAUCAGCAUCCAAAUUAGUUGACACACACUUAAAAAGGGCAAAAGAGAUAAAAGUAAAGUAAUAGGGGGUUGAAAAGGUCAAUUUGUCUACAAUUUUGUCACCUAUUUGUAGUUAGGCCAUUUCUGCCAAUCAGCCCAUUUCCACAAGUAAGAUCAUUUACUUACAACCUUUUGGACCAUUUAAUGUCAGUAUUUUAAUUAUUUACACUGGUUGGAGUGUUAUAUGGUUAGUCCAUUUUAUCUAGUUAGUCCAUUUAUGUUAGUUGGAUCCCUUUGAACCAGUUGGACUACAAUGACUGGUUGGACAAUUUCAGGCGGUUGGCCAAUUUAUCUAGAAAGAUCAUUUUAAGCAAUUGGACUUUCUGAACCAGUUGAACCAUUUUGUUUUGUUAGAUUAUUUCUACCAGUCUGACCAGUUUAUAAGUUGGACCAUUUAAAGCAGUUGGACCAUUUUAUCUAGUUGGAGAAUUUUAACUGACUGGAUCACUGUAACCAGUCAGAUCAUUUUAUCUAGUUACCCUACUUUAACUAUUGGAUCGUUGUUCUGUUUCAGUCGAACCUUGAUUAUCUGGACUUGUUGGGACUAGACAAAAUAGUCAGAAUAAUUGAGGGACCAGAUAAUCGAGAAUAUGAAUAUUGAUGAGGAACAAAAACUGAUUAAAUUAAGAAAGCCACAUUUAAUUGUGAAACAAAACAUUUGCAAAUUGUUUUGAAAAAGUAUGGUCUACAUCUUCACUGUCUCUUGUGAAUACCUCUGCACAUGUGUAUUAACAAUUAAAAUCACUGAAAAGUGUUUUUACAUUGGCCUAAAAUGUUGAAGUAGGUCAGUUUGUCUUAAAGAAGAACAUCGCAUGCGCGUUGAGAGUUCCAUCAUUCUUCAAAGCUGCAUAAGCUGAAUAGCGUCAACAUUGUUCUGUCUUUCCGUCCAUAAUAAACACUUUUUAACACAUAAGUUAUGAUGCAUAUGAGUGCUUCCUAUUGCUUUUUGAAAGCAAAACAAACUUGCCUUUACUUUUCAAUGCUGUAGUUUUGAAAAGAAUAUGGUUAUGGAUCUUGAUCAUGACUAAUAAAUAUUCAUGACAAAAUUGGGACCAAAGAAAACUGAAAAUUAAAAUGAACCAAGACAGUUAAGAGUACUAUGAAAAGCAUUUCAUCCAUUUUUUAUCCUUCAUAUACAUGCAUUUCAGAUAUUUUUUGACCUCUUUCUUAAAGUACUAUAUGCUGAUCACUUGUUCUCAUUAUGUGGAAUGUCUGGGGCAGACCACAUGAAAAAUGUGCUUGAGAGCCCUCAUAGUCAAAUAUGGAAUUAGCCAUAUGCUUGUUUAAGCCUCAUGUUAGUGCUUAUCACUAAACCUCUGUUGGCUGGGUUACUACCUGGUUGGGUGAUCGCACAUAAUAUUCUGUUUUGUUGACUCUUUUAGUCAUGGUUAUUUUUUUUCCUGUACUUUGAAUUUAGCAUUAAAUUUAUUAUUUUCCACAUAAAAUCAGAGUGACUGUAGAUAACCACUAUUGCAUUCCACAUUAACACCUCCAGGUGUCUUGUUACCCUGACAAUUAUUGACCUUUCCAAUAAACCUGGGAAGAAAAUAGAGAAGUCAAAAUUUGUUUUUCAAGGAUCUUAUUGUAAGGAUUAUUUUAACCCUUUAAAAUCAAAACUUAGCUUGGUUUAAGGAUCCUAUUCCAGAUGCUUUUAAUAUCCCUAGCUAUUUAUCAGUGUAAAUAUGCAAGAUGUAACUCCCAUGACAUUAAUGAGACAACUUGCCAUUUUUGUAGUACGGUACUGGAACAUUUCAUCAUCAUCAUCAUCAUGUCCUUAAUGCCUAACAGGCAUGUAGGGCAGCAACGUGUUCCCUCUACAUCUGGCGAUCCCUUGCCAUGAACUUGAUGCCCUCCCAGGUCUUCCCCAUCUCCUUUAUUUCCUUCUCAACUGUUUGUCGCCGUGUGAUCUUGGGGCGACCCCGCUUGCCUGGAACAUUUAUUGACUGCCAAAAAUUAUCAUGUUUAUUUGCACUUGUUUGUCCCUUGUUCUCUAGAUUGAUGACAAAUCUCUCAGUCAUACAACUUUUCUUGUGCACAGUCUGACACACUGGUUACUUGAACAUAGAAAUUCUUUCCCUGGUGGUAAGUUUUAAAGAACAAAAGGAAAAAGAGGAUUUUUUUGGAAACUUUCAAAUGAUAGAGAAUGAUGUUUUUUCUGUCUUGUUACGAGUGUGGGACAAAGAAAAUAUUCUGAGUCCCCAUGAGGAAUCAAACCUCAGACCUGUGGAUUCUAUGCUCCAAUGCUCUACCACCAAGCCACAGAGACUCCAUGGUGAGCAAGGUCUGUUACAAAGUUCAUGUGACACAUGUCCUACAAACUGCUAGGAUCAGCAAUGUCGAUAGCGUAAUGUUUGUAGAUAGAAAUAAGAGAGAUGGUAGAUUUUGAGCUUGGUAAAGAAAUAGAGAAUGAUGUUUUUUUUGUCUUGUCACAAGUGUGGGACAAAGAAAAUAUUAUUGUAUUUAUGUAAUAUUAUUAUAUUAUAUAUUAAUAUUAUUAUAUUUAUAUAAUGUACUUUAUAAUAUACUUUAUUAUAUUUUGAUUGUGAUUAUUUUUUUUUAAAUAAUUACCUUUGUUCUGCAUGGUAUAUUUAGGUACUAGCCAUUUGGAGCUGAUGGUGAAUCAUUUGUUUUCUUUGUGUUGCGAGAGUCUGUCUUUUGGCUCUGACAUGACAUCAUCCAUCCUCUUAUUGCAAACAAUUCAACAUCAUUGUCCACAGGUAUUGCUUUGGUAACUUAUUUAGUAAAGUAAGGACUCAAAACUCAGAACAAUUGCUAAAGGCCAACUGAAUGGCAAGAGUGGAGAGUCAAGUAGUUUUACUAUUUUAAGUUCUGAACUGUGUGAUAUUAUUAAAAAAUGAGUUUUCCAGGUUAAAUGGUAAACUUUUAAAUGGUUUUGAGCUCACUUGUUAGUCAUUCAUAUAGAAAUGUAAGCUUUUAAUGUACAUGUAUUUGUUUUAGUUCAAUUUUUUUGUCAAAAUUUCAUUUGGAUGAAGAAUUAACAUUAUAUAGGAAUUUUCAAAACCCAAGAAAAUGUAUUGAUUCUUGUUAUGUGACUUAAGUGAGUUUCAAAUUGAUGAAAAUUGACAUAGUAGUUACAGUUAAUUAAUUCUGAAUAGUGUAAUUGAUUUUUCUUAUUAAAGGCCUUCUUGCAAUUAUACAUCUUACCAACCUUGAGCAAGCUUCUUCUGGAUUCACUGGGAGACUGUUACAUUCAUAUUCUUCAGCUCUGUAAGUGUCAAUCCUUCUGGUUUUUUAAGAUGUCUUGAUGAAGCAAGGGUAAGAGAGGUCUAGUUCUUAACUGAAGCACUCUGCACUAAGGGUCUUGAUCUUGAUCUUGAUAAGACCAUUCUUGAAUAUGGCAUUAAAAAUUUUCAUCUUUCUUCAUGUAGGUUUGUCAACAGUGCAAACUCAAUUAAAACAUUUCAAGCCUGACUACCUGUUUCUCCCCGUCAGUCAUUUAUUUCUUGUGCAACCAAUACUUCAAAUUAUAACAUCACCUCCCAGGCAGACAUUCAGCAUAAGGAUGCAGGGUGGCACUGUGCAUUCUUUACACUGUAAAGCUCUCGAGAUCUUAGGAUUUGUGGAACACAAUGUUAUUCCCCUAAUUGAGGAAAACCAAACUAAGGUGAGAAGUGCAUACAUGUAUGUGAUGAUUGCCUCUGGCUGCGGUGGGAACAGUUAGAGUACACUGGUUGAUUGAUUUGAAUUACUGGUAAUUAUCCUAUGAAAACAUUUAUAAGCAGCUGAAUCAAACAGUGAUUGAAACAUAGUUGUAUACAAGAAUAAUUCUGUGCCUUUUUCACACAAUAAAACUUGUGGAACCUCUUGGAAAAAUUAGUUGCAAUAAGUAGAUAUACUCGACAACAUGCACAAUUAAAACUUGAACAAGAUGACACAAUGAAAGAAAAGUACAUAUCAUACAAUGAAACAUCAAUCAGCUCGCAGCAAUCUCAAGAAAGAAUAAUAUGCUUAACUUUUCAAAAAUAUGGGAAGCACAUAAGUUAGUAGGUUUUGUCUUUUUUUUCAGACUAUUGGGAAUACUCAGCACUAUGCUUCAGCUCUGAGUUUGUGUAUCAGACAGAUGACAGCCUGUGCUGAAGAAAUGAUCAUCUUAAUUAGGUAAUGCUAUGCUAGCUGUGAAAUAUUUUUGUGGAUUAGUCCUGUUUUCAGGAGAAAGAAGACUUUAUGGUCAGAUAGUUUAUGUAUGACUAUUUUCACUUUCUCAGAAACACCAAAUCUACAAAGCACUGGCUGAGCAAUUUACAGAAGUCAGUAGCUUCACACCGUCGCCUGCUAAGUCAUGUUCCUUUGAUGUUGUCUGCAUUGUUGGUGACUUCACAAGGAUCUCUUGCUAUGGAAGUCUUAGAAGUUAUCCCAAUUUUAGCAAAGGCAGAUCCAUCACAGGUCUGAAAAAUAAAGUCUGUGUCUGCACUGUACACCAACAGUAAAAUGGACAAAGAAAGAUGUUAGAUAGAAAAAUACUCGGACUACCUUGUAACUUAUUUAUUUAAUCAGAACUACAGACUUACCGUUGGUUGUUUUACCCUUAAGUUCUAAUGACAGUAUUCCAGAUACUCCUGUAUCAAGAACAAACGUAAGCUACUUGCUUUGGUCUGACAGAGCUUACUAAUCUCAUGUAUGGAACAAAUCAUGUGGCUUUACUAUGCGUUUAACUUUUAGCAGGCACCUGCUUUUUCAUCGUUUUUCGGUCUUAAACCAGUAGCGAUCUUCUCUAUUCUAGAAUUAGCCGCAGAAGUAACCGUUGAUUUUCUUCGAUAUUAUGAACUGCAAACGAGCCCCAAAUGGAGCAUAGCCUUCUCCCUUUAGAAUCGGCUUACUUUGAAAGUGGUUACAGAUUUAGAAUUGUGUUCAUUCGACCCUUUUUUUUAGGCUCGGUAUUCACCGGUUUAUGUGAUGUGUCUUAUUUUGCAGGCUGUUACUUUUCUGCCAUUAAUACUCUAUAAACUUAGUAAAGAAGUUGAUCCUGAAGUGAAACAGUAUGCUCUGUACACUAUACCACAACUUGCCACUCACAAGGUACUCCGGUUUCUUCAGUAACAUGUAGCCGCUAACCAGUUUGUAGGGUGGUCUGAUGUCGAGAGGUGUGGAGGUUUUUUUUAAACACAUUAUUAUUUUUAGUUUAGCGUAAAAAAUUGUGAAAAAUGUAGUUUUAUCAUGUGACUACUUCUGUAAGAAUUUCCUCACCCGUGCAUAAAUUAUGUUCAUUUUCCUUUUUGGCAGUUUUGUAUAGGUCCUGUGUUACGCACGAUUCAGACAAUAGGAAAGUGUCCUCUUCUUAAGCCUGUUUCUCUGAGACUGAUUUGCAAGUUGUGGCAGUCAAAUAACCGAGUGUUUCCGCACCUUCAGAAAGCACUGAGUUCAGUAGUUGACUCCAAUUUGGGUGCUGAAUUGGAUUUGGAGAUUAAGAUUGCUCAAGCAGCUUGUUUAUUAGACAUCUGCAAGCUUAGGUAACGAUCGUACGAAAUAAAGUACAUGUGAGGUACACAGAACGCAUUUGUAGCGAAGAUUUACCACAGGGAAUUUUGUUUAGUUCAUCAGUUGCUUUUGCUACUACUACUUUUAUGCUUUUUUAUAUGCUGCGAUCAUGCAUGGACAUUUCACAAAGAGAAUCCCUAGCAAAAAAAAAAAAGUGAGCAUGUUGAUCAUAUGAAUUUCUAGAAGUUUUGAAAGUAGGCGAUAAAGAUCCACGUUCUGAGGAAAUAGAAAGCUUAUCAAAAAUAACCUCAACAUAUUUUUUUCUUCAUAAUAUGCCCUUUGAAUUAAAACAGAGCUGAGAAAAGUGUUUAUUCAAACCCGACAUAAUUGCGGUCAUGCCAACGGGGAAAAGAGUGAAGCAAGCUUAUUUUCAAAACAUUUUGGAGUGCCUUGCUUCAAUUUGGUAGAAGUUAAAGGUGAUUAGACGUCUUGCUUCCUUCGCUUGUGAGAUGUAAGACAUAUCAGCUGAAGCAUAUAACGUAGUUCUGGGUUAAACAAUUCUUAUAUAUUGGAGGUCAUAAACGCGAUCAGGGUUGCCAAAAAUGCAUUGUUUUUAAUAAAAGUUUGAAAUAAUAUUUGAUUAAUCCUGAUUUGGAAGCAUCUCCGUUGUUAGUUCAUUAAAAUAAAUACUCAAAUAAAUAAAUAAAUAAGAACUAACAACAAAUGAGACGCAUUUAUACUUUAGGGGAUAGAAGUUGCAAAUGAAUAAUCAUGUUUUAUGACUAAUUUUGCCUGAUAUAUGUUGGUGGUCCUCUUCAGGCCCUCUCAGCACGGUGAAGAUCUACUUGGUUUGCUGUCCAAAUUGCUUGAUGAGAAUACAAAGCCAGGCGAGACUAAAAACACUCCCUCUGCAUUAGUGGUAUCAUUAGCACUGCAAGCCCUGGAACAGCUUUGUAAAGCUGAGGUAUGUCACACGAAUUAAAUUUUGCAUCUGCCCUUGACUGCCUUUAACGUCAACUGAGUAUUUAUUGAAAACAAACAAACAAAAUAACAAAAAAAAAACAAACAAAAAACUAACAACAAGUACAAGUACAUGAUAUCAUCUUCAACUUCAGGCUUCCGUAGAUGGACACUUUUUCUAGAUGCGAUUCAGAUCUGUGUCACAUUUUUGUUCUUCCUCAGGUUGUCGAUCUAUGCACUGCGUGGAAAGUCCUUUCCGUGAAGCUUGGCAUGGACAGACGGCCCCAAGUUCUGUGCAGUAUUUGUCAGUUGUUCAGAAUUGUAUCCGACCUGGUCUCUAACUCUUCAGCUUAUCUGGUACGAGUGGUUUGCUUGAGGUUUUAAACGUUGCUCUAAUUUUUUUAGCUGUUUCAAGGGACUUGAAAAUCAUGGAUAUCUUUGCAAACUAAUUUUUAGAAUUAACUCCGACUUGACAUUUUCUUUCCUUUUUCAGGAUUUUAAGAAUGAAGUACUUACCUUUUUAUGGUCGUUAACGCAGCAUGAGGUUCGUAUGACCGCUGUAACGGUGAUAUGUUCUUCUAACAAAUGCACGAGACGUUGUUCUGCUCAAGGUGAAGUGAUAUUUGAUGAUAACUGAACGUAGGGGAGAGCAAUGUUAAUAGGUAAUCACAUGAUUUCGAGUGCAAUUUGGAAUAAAUCAGCACGAGUAAAUUUUUCAAAGGCUAAACCAAUUGCACGAACCCGUAGGGUUCGCACGAGGAAAAUCAUGUGAUUACUAGUUGAUAAUAUACAAGCAAAAUCAUGACUGUUUUCCUUUUAGAUGUCCUUAUUUCGUGUAAUGGCUCACCAGUUCGGCCAUUUGCCUUUGUCUCGUUACAGGAGUAGUCAGGCUUUUUCUUUUUGCUUCAAACUUUUAAAAUUUAUCUGGAGAAUAAUCAAGCGUUUAUAUUCUUCUUUCUCUGUUAGGUAUCGGUCGAUAGUAAUAACCAUCUCGUGAAAGCUAUCACAUUUGUAAUCUUCCACGUCUUUCGUACGAACUGUUGCAUAAAACUCCUCGAGAAUUUUACUGAGGGCCUCCGUUUCAUACUUCUAUCCGGUUUUGGAAGCUAGACUUUUAGCCAGUUGUUUUUCCUUUGUUGGAUGUUUUUUUUUCUCUAAGCAUUCUCCCCCAAACUCUGGAUUAAAACGUUGCUACUUUCUCCUAACCUGUCCGCCAUUUUGUUUUGUUGGGCUUUCGCGACUUACCAGUCAAUCAAUUUAAUGUCAACUCUCUGCACUUAACUUCAAUUUUCUGCACUACUUGGGAUUAAUUGACGUGUUUUCAGCCAAGGAGUACGCUAAAAUUUUGCAUGUGUAUUAUUACGUGUGAAAUUGUAUGUAUAAUAAAAGCCAAGUUUUUCGUUUGUCUCACGAUGUAGUCACGUGUGAUGUAGAUCGCGACGUUUCGACUGCCUACUGAUAGUCUUCUUCAGGCGAUGAGGUCGACAUCGACGUCGAUUUCACAAGGUCUUCUGUUUUUAGAAAUCCAAAGAAGUGACUCAGACAGAGAAUGUACAAAUCUUUUUUAGAAACUCCUGAAACCGAAAAUAUUAAAAAUAGUUGUAAACUGUAACCGUUAUCGACGUCAGAGGGUCCAAUGAAAACAAGAAAAAAACUGUCAGGGACACGAAGAAUAAGUUGGGCUCAGUUGGUAAAGCCGCUGAACAAAGCCAUUGACCGCCAGGAAUCAACGGUCAUUUAUUGAUUCUUACUUUGUGAUUUGGUCUCUUACCAUCAGGAGUCGCCUGUCGCUCAUGCUGCUUUCACGACUUUGUCAAUAUUUCAUCCAUCUGAUUUCAAACUGAUUCAUCUUCCUCCAAAGGUAUUGUAGUGUUUGUAUGAAGCAGUCGGUUAAAACGCUCUAUAUAGUUAUUUCUGGUUUAGUUCAUCGUUAGUUCGCAUCAGAGUCCAAUCAUCUCUGUAGAGUAUUCGGUAUCAACUUGAUAUGUGGACCUCAUAGCAUCUAAACCACAAAUCAGAUGUUUUAUGUUAAAUGUAUGCCAUACGUAGAUCUACCUUCCACUGAAAGAAGAAUUGCUGGCGUCUAAGAAAAAACUUGAUGGCAACGUGGAUGAAGAGUAUGAUGAAGCCGCUGUACAACAAUCCAUUGAUAACUCAAUGCCCCCUGGGACUGCUUAUGUUGAGCUUCUGCAGAUGGUCAAACAAGAUGAACUCCAAGGUACAAAAUCUUACUCUUCAUUCUAUUCGUGAAAAUCAGUCUUUUUACAAAUAAAACUCAACGGGAUUGAUCCAACAGUACCAUUCUUUGCAUCCAGUCAGUCACCGAUUCCACCCUAAGAGCGUAGCAAACUCCUUAAUACAACAGACAAUGAUUUUAAAUAACUCUUUUGAAUCAAGAUAUGUUAUUGAUGUCGUUAAAUCCGCCGUACUGUGUGAUCCCAGUGCCAUGUUGUAUCACAGUAAUCAAAGUGGAACCUACUGGUGGUAUCAGCUCUAACACUUGAACCAGUUCAGCGUGUUAAAAUGCUGAAAAAAAAAACAACAACAACGAAAGCAGAAAAAAUUACUAGUUCUUGAUACAACGAAUUUCAGGCUACCAGAAGCUAUUGACCAACAUGAUCAAAGUGGAAGCUGAAUCUAUGCCACGGGGUUUGGGUCACACUUCAUCAUCACGUGAGAGGAAUUUGCGAUCCAUCCCAAAAUUUUUGACGUCACAAUAUGAGAAGUCGAAAUCACCUGGAUUGAACCAAGGACUUGCAGGUACCAAGAAUACAACAGAUAUUGAUUUAUAAUUGUAUAACUUGCUACCAUAUUUUUAAGCUCCCUGAUGUAUACCAAGAGAAACAGCGGGGACAGAUAUGGACAGUCCGGGCCUUGGCUUGGAUAUAUUGAUUCCACAAAAUGUAUUUUUAGUUAAACUGAGGUUGUUUUUCUCUAGUUGUCGGCAAUGUGAAUUUUUCUAUUUCCCCUUCAUCAUCUAUCGAUAGUGUUAUUUUCCACGUUCUCCUCCGUGAUAAUCUGUUCACCUACAUCAUCAGACUCAGAUUACAGUUAGCCGUAAUGCGGUUUCAAAAAGAGACUUGCGUACGAUAGACUUCUUGUUUAUAAGUCAAAUGGAAACUGUAGCAUCCCAAAGUGUGGAUCAGGUGGUAACUUCCCUCUCUGUCCCUCACUUUCUCCUUUGCUACGUUGCCAAGUCUAUUUACGUAAUAUCUUUUAGUACAUAUAUCAGCCAUGGAAGUUUCUUUUUACUUUCAAAGUUUGUGAGUGGCGCCUGUUUUAUGUUUCUCUAUGUGAACUACUCUUUUGUAUUGAAUCAGCUGGAAUGCUGUUUAGUUUCGAACCUCCUUUUGAACAACACGAAGGGAAACGGGCCAGAAAAUAUAUGGUUGAUUGUGCUCGUACAUACAGACAGAUGUUAGAUUCACUACUUCACGAAGUAAGUCAAACAACCUAAUCACUUAAAGUACUUCUGUGUUGUUUAUAAUUAGUAUUUUUACUUGAUUGUCAGCAAGUUUCUUUUCCUUUUUUCAGGCUAAGUUUUUAUUCAUUUUAGAAUAAUCAGACAUAGUCAUGAGUAUCGGUGGCCACUCACAACAAGGAUUCAUCGACUCAUUUGAUGCACCGCAGCCCAUGUGACCCAAAAUCACUUAUUUUUACGCGAAUAGUUCCAAAGGAACUCACUCCAAUAUCUGUAGACGUUUCCGUUAGAAAAUUGUCUCGUGACAAAGUUAGUAAUGCAGCCGUGAUCUCAAUGAUGCCAAAAACGUUUUUUUAUUUUUUCAACAUCACUUCAUUUAUUAGUAAACCAUUUGCUGAUAUCCACGAGAAUCAAACGGAACAGCUUAAAGGAACAGAUUAUGUCGAGGAUUAUAUAAAUGAGCACUUCUCGUGCAGUUGAUAGCUGUUAUGUUUUUUAUGUAUCACUGUGUUGCAUCACGCAUGACCAAACUUAAAGCAACAGCGUGUUAUCGAAAACUUUUAGUGUGGAGGACUUUCCCUUUUGAUUUUACUGGGCAAAUUUUAGCAAGCAAGUUCCUCUUUUCUUUGAUAACGGUAGAACGCUAUUUGAAAAUUGGAGAAACAUCACUUUGGGAAUGUCAAUGGAAAUGCCUUAGUUUUAUUUGAAGCAGGUUGGGUCAUUUAUUACCGUACGAGUGAAAUGGUUUAUAUUCAAUCAAUUCGAUUCGAACUUAUGUGACUAGUCAAACGCAUGACAUGAUUGGGUAUGUCGCAGCUAAAAGUGGAGAGUUUUCAAAUUUCCCCACAAAUUUAAAUCUUAUUUCCAAUUGACUUGGUCUGAUUUCUUAGUGAAAAUCGGUUCAUCUGUAUGUUGUGUGCGGAUUGGCUACACGUAUGUUUGAUGAUUCAUCCUGUUACAUUAGGUACCAGUGCAGCCGACUGAAUGGCACAGAACAUUACUGCUGCCUCAAGCGUGGUUUUCCUUCAUGAAUCGCGCUUACAAGGCUUGUGUGGAGGUACGUAUGAUGUAAUAAGCAGAUUUUCUUUUCCCGUCCUCUUGACAGAAUGGAUCCCAUCUUUACUGGGCUCAAUUAAAUAUUUGCCAUCUUUCCUGUUCUAUUAAUGUGCUCUAUCCUUUGGACAUUGUUGAUCCCAGGAGGAUGCUCAACAAUCUUCACAAGUGAUUGACGAAAUACGUACGAAAGGCAUUUUAAAAAUCAUCUCUCCUCAAAAGAUCCAUCUGGUUUCCUUCUACUCGUUAUCCUAUCUGUGUUACUCCUUAAACCAUCCAGUGGUCUUUUUUACUCAGGCCGUUAUUUGAUUGGAAAUGCAAUCACUAUCCACAUCAUAGCGUAGACUCCGUAGAAGGAUUUAGGAGAAGAAGGAAUCGGCCAACUGUUACCCUAAGCGUUUAAUUUGUGUUUUUUAACUGUUUUUGGUCUGUGUCACGUACACAUAAUGAACUUCCUUCUAUUCUCUUUAUAAGUCUUCUUUUUUCCCGACUUCGAACGUUUUGGGAUACUCGGAAAAGUCAUGGAGAAAAAGAAGAGUCUUUGUAUACUAAAAGGUGAAACUGUAAUCAACUGGAGAAUAGUCUCUUCUCCAUUGCACCGGACGAAAAAGUCUUUAUUUUGAAGCUUUUUUGCUCUUUAAAUCUUGGCUGUUUAGCAUUGUAUUUUUAUGAUUACUCUUUGAGCUCGUAUUGACGAGCUGUCGGUCGUAUGAUUCCGUGGAAACAUCAGUAGAAGACAUUAUACAUAGAAGGACUCUCUUAAUCACGGAUUUUCUAUAUUCGCAUAUUCUGUUUUCGUGAUCGAUCACUCAGCUCUUGAGGAGAAAUUUUAUUCAGAAGUUAUUUAUAUCUGUUGGCCUCGUUGUAGGGUCGUAAAGCUGAGCUUGAGAUGCAACAUAGUCAUGGUCACAUUCAAGAUACCGAAGAACUAAAAACAAGACAGUCCAAUUGCUGGCUUUGGUUAGUGCGCAGUGGUUUAUACGAAUUUCCCUCUUUGCUGUUAAGUUCGUUGAUACCAGUUCUCAAAGUCAUUAAGUGUAAAGUGUUUGCAAUACAGUCACGUUUAUCGAAUACGUCAAAAGAAAGCUAACUCAAGCACUUUGCGACAUACUGCACGAAUAUAUUACAGGAAAGUGAAUUUAGACAUAAAUCAUGUGUUGGAGGACCUAAAGUCCUUUUAGUAUGUGUUAUUUUCGAAGGUCCUUUUGGUUCUUCAUUACUUAUUAUUACUCAUAUACCUUAAUUAAUUUAACAGUUACUAUCUUUGUACUUCUUUUGAACAUCAGGGUAAGAGAUCAGAUCACUGAACAACUCAGAACAGUAUCAAGGUAAAUAAGGUGUCAUUUGUAACUUGCUGAAUUGAGAACAGCAUUAAUUACUUCUGUGGAAAAGAUUCUCAUUUAAAAGCCGUAAAGCUAAGUUUGUUUUGUGGUACAGCUAAACUGACUUAGGCAUUCCAAGCUUACCGGAUUCCUUUGCCGAUCUAUGACGCUCGUUUGGUGUUGUACUUGAAACGAUACAAUGCAAUACAGAAUUUGUUGCGGGGCUUUUCGGUGUUGAUUAUCUUAAAUGAAAUAUUUUAGAUCAUAAAACAAAGAACUAAAAGAUUAUGAUAAGAUAAGAUUGGAAAAAAAUUGGAAAACAGUGAAUAUAAAAUUACAAUACUAAGAACCCCCGUUAGUCCGACAAUAAAUCAAAUUUUACACCCUUUAUGAGUGUUUAAGGAAACCCUUUUGGCUUAUAUCAGAUCAGUCGUAUUCUUCUAGAUUUUUUUUAAUUUUUGAUACUUAUUUUCGACCAAUUUCUUUACCUAGAGGUAACCCGUCUGUGCAAGGUAAUUCAGUGCUUGCUUUAGUAGGGCUUGCGCGGGCUGUAUCGAUGAUUGUACGUCAGCAGACUUCUUCAGAGACCACAGAACAGUAUCAGCGGAACAACAAAUGGCUGAGCGAGGUGGCUGACACAGUAAUGGUGGUGUUGGAUGGUAAUUAUAAGCCAAAGGGUCCUACUCUGUUUUGGUGUCAGCAGGUGAUUGUAAACCUUGUCUUUCUUGGUAUGAAAGGACUGUUAGCAGUUUACGAUGACUAUGUGAACUAGAAACAAAAAUGUAAUUACUAAAAAAAAAAGCAAAUGAAACCAAGAGUUAAAAGCAGAUAAUCCCGCCUUUGACAAAUUUCUUUGUAAAGGCCGGUUACAAGUUCCUCGGACAGUUUCAUUUCGAUCCUAUUUUAUAGUAAAGCAAUGUAAUCAAGUUCACAAAGAUGUUCUGUAUACAUUGAUUUAACUACUACCUUGCAGGUGUCUUCACCCACCUCCACUGCCAGUUCGUUGUUAGCUCGCUCAUGUGCUGCGUUAUCCUUGUCACUUUUGGUUCCUUGUCUUGUCGUUCUUGACACUGACAGAAUUCACGACAUCACUGUACUGCUGAAGCAAAGGAUUCCAGGACAAUCCAAGUAAUUUUGUGCAAUUGUGGUAUUUUACUAUAAAAUCAGCGAUUUUACGGAAAUUGUGAUGCGUUUUCCGAGCCAAUACCUUGUCUUUAAGAAGUAUCUAAACAUUCUUGUUAUCUUUCAUUUAGAUCAGGUAGCUCAGCUUCGUUACAGAUGUCUUGUUCUGUAGGACUUGGAUUGUUGCUCAGCAAGCUCCAUGAAGAGCAUUUCAGGUGUGUAGUCCUGUUAAUGUUUCUUCACUACAUCAUGGGUUUUUGCGCUCAAGUUUUAUUGUAAUGGGAUACAUGUCUCUAUCAGUGACCUUUGAUAUGUUCUCUCUCUUUUUCAGUGACGCCUACGGUAAAGAGGUAUGUACAUGUUCCUUACGCAGCCGGCACUCGGCAUUGGGAGGUUUCCGAAAUAAUUCUCCACGUGCUACAUUUACCUUUUCUGCAGAGUCAAAAUAGACUGCAUUGACCUGAAGUGCAACUUAUUGGCUUCAUUUGCCUUCGCUUGGUCGCCGAUCUGUUUGUUUUUUUGUUAAUGUAAGGGUUGACUUCGUUGCCUAAGUGAAUAAGCUUUCCUUUCACCGAUGGUAACGUUUCCUUGAUAAUUGCAUGUUCAACUUGCUCUUUUGCCAGGGCUAUCCGCUGAUGUCUACAGCUUUAGAUGUCUUGGAGGAGACUGCUUUUUCAUAUGACUUGGAUAACACGUAAGAAAUGCAUAAAGUGACUGCUUCUUCAUGUCUCGAGUACUACGUGUACAGUACUCAGUCUCUCAGAUGGUUAGUGACAGUAUGCCAUUGGGCCAAUCAUUUCAGCUUCAAAUAACGAAGUUAAGGACAAUUGAAAUUAAACAUUUCGCUAAAUAUUUCCUCAGCUGGCACGGUUUAUUUGUUUGUUUUGAAAUGGUAUUGUGAUUGUCUGAAGUGAGUUCCCUGUGUCAGCGGUUACGGUUUAGGCACCUGCUAUACCUGUGUCGUAAAUCUUUUGAAGUGUAUUGUAAUCAUAUUAUUGAAUGGAUGAAUCUAUUUCUUUACAGGGAAGGCGCGUGUCUCGGUUUUGGACUCGUUGUGUCCUCUUUGUGUAAAGAGGGUCUUGCUGACUCCAGGGAUCACGUCACAAAUCUUUAUCACAAACUUGUUGACAGGCUAAAUGAGCAAUGCAAAGACCCUGGUCAAAAACUUCAGGUAAAGUUAAGGAGAUCUGAAAAAAGUUCUCUCUUGUAGAAGACAAAAAGAAAAUAAUGGGUAUCGCCAAUUAUUCGAAAUAAACAUUAGGUGCACCAUUUCAUACAAGGCGUACAUUAUUUUGAUAAUGACUGUAUUUAAUACGAUUGUCGCUAUUUUUUAGUGCCUGUCUUUUAGUGUGGCUUGUGUUUGUGUGUAUGCGUUCCACACCGGCCUGCUGUCUGCCGAUCAAGCUUUACAGUGCAUUGAUAACAUUCAAACGUUGUCAAGCAAACACCCAGAGGUAUGCAGAAAUGAAUAUUUAAACUGGACGAAAGAAAGCCAUAUGAUUUCACUCCAACCUUUUGGAACUCAGAAAUUAAUUUGGAUACGAAACAGCACCAUUCUAGAAAACGAGGAUGGACAUUCACUUUGAUAUGUUUUUUAUUGAUCCUUUUUUAUUAGGUUUGCGGUAUUUCUUUAUCUCUCGGGUUGCUUCUUCAUGGACUUAUAUCUUGUGGUCAUGGUGGAGCCAUUGAGUUGGCCAGACAAGCUGGCAAUGAUUGGCGAAGUGUUCUUGAAAAUAAGGUAAUUUAUUAGGAAGGUGAUCGUCUCUUUGUCGACUAAAAGUAGAAUGUGUUAGAUUAUCGAUUCACGUUCGUUCAAAGAACAUCUGGCCAUAGUGGAAUUGUAUCAUGAGUCUUUAUUGUCAAGUAUCAACGAAACACGGAUGUCAGUAGCCUAAUUAAGAGCUGAAGGGUGAUGAUCAUGCAUUUUUGUGCGGUAACACUGGAACAGUGAACUGUUGACUUUGUCUUUGCCAACAGGAUGUUUUUGAGCGACGGCAACUGUCAGCUGUGAACGGAAUCGUAGCUCUACUUGGUUCUGAACAGGGGUUGUUUACCGUAAGUUGUAAUGUUAAAGUGUAAAGGAUAUUGAGUGAGCCCUGACUGCACUUAUUUAUUUUCUUCCAGAAAUGAUAUCUCGACCAUUUCAGAUUAUCAUCGUUUAUUUACCAUUAUUUGAACACUAUCCCGUGUAAUAGUUGUGACUGCUUAUUCUAUAGAUGGAUUCUUCUACUUCUGACGUCGUGUUUUCUAAAAAUGGAGGAAGCGUCAUUAAAUAUCUCCAAAAGGUAAGGAUGGUAGUAAUACUAAUAUUAUUACGAUGUUGAUCGCGACGUUUCGAAUGCAACAUCGCUUGUCUUCAUCAGGCGAUGAGGUCGAUUGUUUACGUGUCGCAAUUUGUAGCACAUUGUUUUGCUGCUGUUGGUGCAUUUCGAUCCUCCUUAUUAUUUCGGGUGUUAAGUGGUGUUCCCUCGUAGGUCCGCAUUGAUCGGUUACAGCCGAUAUGAGGGAACCCUCUUCAAAGUAGCUCUACCUUCUGAAAUAGAAAUAGCUGGGAGAGAUGAGAAAUGAUAAAUGGCAAAAAAUUCAGAAACCUUUCGUAUUAGAACAGAAGCAAACAUUCUCCGACAGUACUUAUCCAUUAAAUAGUGAGAUGGCGGAAGCAAACAAAUUUAAUGAUAGUAAAGUAAUUGUUAUUGUUUUUUUCAUCAUCACUGUUAUUAUUUUUGACUGUUAUUUGGAAGCUUGUCUCAUCGCCGGAAGAUUUGGGUCUCAGUUUUAAUACAGCCUGGCUUCUUGGUCAUCUGUACAACGCAGUUACUUCCAGUUCAAUCAGUAAUACAAGUGGUAAGUAAGAAACAACGCGCAUGCUCUUUAAUGAUAUAAAACAUGUCACCAAGGUCGGAGAGAGGAGAGAAAAACCUGAGUUCCAUGGUGAUGUUGCCAGCGGAUACUCUAUCAAUUGUGUUUGGCUGCCUUUUCAAACGAAUUCUUGUUGUGGAGCGUGUUAGGAAAUGGGAAAAAUUACCUUUUUAUUAGUUCAUCCAGCAGUGUAAAUUUGGAGGCUUAGAGAUUGGUGCCAAAUGUAGGUUAAAACAUGGAGAGGUUUUUUACCAGUUUUUUCGUCAGAUUUUUUGCGGGCGAUUAAACAUUGUUACCUCUUACCUAGCGUUACUGAUCUUUUAUUUAAUUAACGUUGUUUCUUUUGUCAUUAUCAGUGGUAUCUUACACCUUUUUAGUGGAAAAGGGUUUCAGGGAAAGUGAAUCUUUUUGCUUCUCCUUAAAAGUAAUGUUGCACGAUCGUGAUGUCUUUUUGUCAUGGUUGUGUCAUUUGUUGUAUGAUAUUUUUUCCUUUAUCGUUAAAUGUUAUUUUGCUCAUUUGCUUCCCCUGCAACUGUUAUUUUUACAUUCUAUCAGUCGCUGAUACUUCCAGUCAGUGUUUGUAAACGACCGUUGGUCAUCUUUUAUCCUAGGAAAUACAUUUACAACUACUUUUCAUCUGCCUAUUGAAUAAAAAUUGUGUGCGAAAUUCUACCUCAACAUUUUGUCUCAAUUGCUAUUCUAACGCUUUAACGCACUAGGAAGUCUUUGCCUGAUCUUUCCUAUGCUGCAUUCAGCACUCAUUAUUGCUUUUUCUCUGUCAGUUCCGUUAAAUUACAGUUACCUGUCAGAGGGGAGUAUUUUGCGACUGCUCUUUGAUUUUCUUGGCCAGGCUGGGAAGAUAGGUAAUUUCAAUUUUACUUCUUUGAUGAAUUUUGUUAUAAUAUUAGAUACAGUAUGGUAAUUAAGUUCUAACGGUCCGUAAGAAUUAAUCGAAAGCUACGUUUUGUGUUCCCGUAGCAUGCGAUCUCUAUGUGUCAUAACGAGUACUACGAUCCAAAAGGAAUGCUUAUUUUAGAAGAUUUUAGAGUGAUUCCUUUCGGUAAAUUAUCACCAUGGUUUCAUUGCUGUAGGUCCUCAUUUGAACUUCGGUGAAGGAAGAGUACCCGCAGUGUUAGAAUCACUGGUCAGCGUCUCCCAUGUGGCACUGCCACCAGUGAAUUGGUUUUCAGUACUAGGACCAAUCAUGACAGCCAAUUUUGGUAAGAUAAAUCUAUUGCCUCAAUUUCUAUUUCUCUUUCUUCGCAUCACAAGUAUCAUUUUUUUUCUGUUCUUCCAAAUACUUUCUACUACAGUUUGCUUUCUUCCUUUAUUUUUUCCUGUCGUUGAGAGAUAGCUAACAAUUGUCUCCUCAUUCUGCCUAGGGGAGGAUACAAGAAAAUUGUGUAUUAGGCUUGCAGUCAAUCAAGCCCAGUCCUCCUCUACUCUGUCCUCGUUCUUGUCGUCUCUGCUGAGUAGUGUGUUGUUUAUGGGCCUGGGGGUGAGUGUUAUUGUCAGGAUAUGAGACUUUUGAGGUCCUCAUGGGAAAUAUUUUGAGUUUGAAAGUAUAACUAUCCAACCUUAUUACAUAAACAGCAAUGAAAAACUACGUGAACUGUUGUGUAAUAACAAGAUACCUUCAGUUCUUUUUAGACAUUAGUACCACAAAAACUAGCGUCGGCGAUCCUAUUCUCAAAUUGACUUUGAGUGAGUAAACAUCAGUUUAUGACCAAAAAUUGCUCAAAUUAACGUUAGAGGUCACGUAUUUCAGAGGGAAGUGAUCACGAAUCUUUUACAGAGGCCAAUAUUUUUUUUCUGCCCACCAACGUAGUGUUUAGAUAGGUCUUUCCUGUGAUGAUAUGUUUGUCGACUUACGAUGUUGCCCAUUGGAAAUAUUUGCAAUUAAAUCAAAACUUAUUUUUUCUUUUUGGAAUAGUUGCGUGACAUAGUUAAAGAUUAACUACUCUAAGUUGGCAGAAGUUGUCUCAAAUUACCCCAACUUUAGGGAAUUGUUUCCUUAAGGUUUAAACAAGUAUUGGACGUAAUGAGAUUAAAUUCCAUCGGAUUCUGUUGGUGUGAGAGAGAUUCGUUGGAAGCCCAUCUUUCGAGCUAGUUUUAGCCUUUGAAUCUAGGGAUUUGAUGUGCUCGUCUAAAGCAGUGGCGUCGCCUUUUCGAAAUUUGGAUCCAUUUUUCGACUGCGGAGGUGAUUUCCACUAACGAGGUUCCAAGUAUCCGCUCGCUGAAAUCCCCCGUUCUUAUAGAUAUUUUUUAAGCUAUGCCACACUCAUUGCGUUAAGUCAGCUUUAAUUUGUAAUCUGCCAUUCUUAAGUUUAACUCCUCUUGAAAGUUGUUCUGAGUUUCGCAGAAUUUCCCACUUGAGUUACUUGAGGUUAAAAAAAAUCGGUAUAUUUAUCAGCUGAGGAAAUCCACACCCAGGUACGCAAUUUCGUGUGGGAAUUAAGGCUUCCUCACGUUCUACAGCGAUUCGUGGGCACUAAUUUUCAGACAGAAGUGAUUUUAUUUAACAGUCUAAGCACACAACACCCCGAAAAUACCUGAUCAGAUACAUCACUGUACGCAGAACUAGUUCGAUUAUUCUAUGCCGCAAUUCUUCCUGUAACAUUCUUCGCAUCUUUUUCAACGGCAGCGAAAUGACAACUUGCUUGAUAAACGAUCAGAAAAUGAUAAAAGAAAGACGCUAAUUUUGAGCGAAGAACACUUCUUUAAAGUGGGAAGUUAUUUGAGAAAAAUUUCCAAAACCGAAAUUUGGACACAUGUGCUGCGAACUCGACUCAAUGUCCGAACUUUCGGGGUUUGUUUACAUCAAAAGUCACGUGACACUCCACGUGAAAUCUAAAGCCCAAAAGGUGAAUUGCUUAGAGAUACCAAAUUUCUCUUCCAGUGUUGAAAAACAUCAGAAUAUUUCACUCGUUCGCUACGCCGAGAAAAAUUUCGUGUCUCCGCACAGCCACGUGAUAUCUUCUACAUCGGAAGAAAAUGUUACACAGUUUUCGUUUGAAUAUUUACUUUUUUACUUUCUUACAAUUCUAUGUUAUGAAACUAUUGCUUUGCGGUGGAACGGGUCAUAAAAGCAAUUGACAUAAUAUCUUUAAUGGCGUUCACUUACUUUUUUAAAUGAAGAACACAGAGUUCAUGUUUUCAUUGAAGAUAGUUAUUUAAACUCUUCGAAAAGACCCGUCCUGUGAAUUCCCAAAGAUUUGUAUAAUGUUUUAAGUUAAAAGAGCUUCUACCUACCUCUAUUUAAAAUUAAUUUGACAGGAUCUGUGCAAAAGAGAGCUGCUGAAGAAUUUGUCAAGACUGGUUUAUGUCAUUUCUUCCUCCAAGAUGAAAGAGUUCUAUGAGGAAGGGUUAACAGAGCUAUGGAGAAAAAGCACGGUCAGUUCAACUUAUAAGUGUAAAAUAUCACACGAUUCAUUGUAUAUGUGGAUUUCAAGCAGACCGCGAUAUCGUUUUCAUUAGGUUGGAAUUUCGCUAAUUCAUUUGGACGAACUCAAAGCCUCGUGUUCCACAAGGUGCGACGUGUCAUAAGAGACGAGAAGUAAAGUGCUUAUAUGUGCAGGUAUUAGAAGGGGAAUUUUACCUCCUCUGGAAGGCGCCGUGUGUUUUCGUCUUAUAAACAUACCUUGUGUGAAAAAUAAUCAUGAUGAAAGCUGCGCUUUUUUAACGAAGGAGAUUCUAGACCAUGAUAAGUAGCGUGAAAUGAAAAUCUUGGCACAGUUUUCAUUAUCUAGGGGAAAUCGAGUGUGCAAGGGGUUCCGAGUUAUCAGGAGCGGACUUUGAUAAACUAUGCUGCCGUCUACACUAAGUUUCAAUCGGUUCUUUUCUAUCAAUUGUCAGGAGAAACACGCUAAUGCACUCAAUACGCUUUGGUAGUUUUGCUAUAUCAGUCACGAAAGAGAUUAGACACCUCACCAAACUUCUAGAGUCCAUAAUAUAUAAAUCUAAUUCAAUAUUUCAAAACUUGUUCGCUAAACCCAGGUUUUACUCUCUUAUUAUGUUUGACCAGGACUGUACCCUGAGAUCGACCAUUUUGGAAGCUUACCUUUCAGUCCUUUGUUUAAAAGAACCACCUGCGUCUGUCGUUGGAUGGACCAUAACGGCCCUUGAGCGCAUGUUUAAUGCCCUUGGUGCAGAGAAGAGUGAGGUAAAGUUGAUUAUCCCUGUUAAUAUGCACUAGUAAAAUUUCAGUGAUAGAAUUAAUAUGAUUUUCUUUAUCUUUUCGCUAGAGUGAGUGUUUGAGGUUGUUUUCUCGCUGUUUUGCACUGAUCCCUAUUGAAAACGUGGAACGCAUUUUGCCGAACAUACAAGUAGGUUUUUUUUGUGAGUUAUGUUUUCCACAGUCAAUUUUAAGUGUUACCGAGAUACUUGCUAAAGUAGCACGUGGAGCCAACUUACUUCAGCCUCUAGACUUCGGUUGAAAGGACACUGCACCUCAGUUUAAAGCUGCAAUCACUCUUUCACGCCCUCGUCAGGCUUUUGCCUUGCCACGAUAGAAAACAUCACCACGGGCACAGGCGACAAUAUUUAUGUUACAAAUCGUGUUUAUUUGAUAUUGCAAUAGGAAAUUGUCUGAUUGAAGCUAACAUAUAAGAGUACAUGGAAAAUUUUGCGGCUAUGUUUGGUGUGGCUAAAACUUUCCCUUUGACCUCUAACGCUUAUUCUCUUAUAGGUUACAAACACCAAAGAUUUCAUUCUGCGUUGUUACGCGGUUCAAGAUGGUAUAGCUCCGGUGAAGUGGCUUGCUCCAUGUAUUGACUUUAUUUUAAAUACUGAUCUCAUUGGUAAGAAAACCUGUUUUGUCUUUUUAGUUUGUUUGUUUUGAAAAAAAAGUACCUUCAGCAAUGAAGCUGUGUCGAACAAGGUUUUAGUAUAGAGGUUACAAUUCCGAAAGGUCUUAUGGGAAUGGAGGGAUGCUUGAUUAACGUUUCACGUACCCGCACUAUCCCCUUUUCAAGGAGGAUUUCAUGGAAACGUUUAAGUAUUUAACGUUUGUGGGACAACCUUCCUGGAUAUGUGUCAAACUCUCCUUAUUGCAGCAUAGAAACAGUUUCUUUUAUAAAUGUUUAGGGUGACACGAUAGUUGAGUCUUUGAAUUACUCAAGUGGCAUUCAAGGUUGCAAUUACGAAUCAAGGUAAUGUAAUUUUUUUCUCUUCAUUCUGUCGCAGAAAUCAAUCUUUAAGUAAACUUUUGUUGCAGGAAAAAGGAACAAGGAAUUGUUUUGCAGUGUUGUCCCUCUUAUAAUUGAUUCUUGCACCAAAAUGAAGUAUGACGAGAGACAGCAUUGGUUUGUGGAACUGAUUGGUCAGUUUCAAAAUGCAGUUCAGCUUUCUUCGGAAACUUCGUCACAUCAGGUAUCUGUAUCAAAAGCAUAGAUAUGCUUCUUCCUGUGUGUAUUCAUUGAUUUCAUUCAAUUCUCCUAACUGAAAACAAUUGUCGUGUUUUAUAGACCUUGAUGAAUUCUUUGACGUUAUUGUCACUUGUGUCUGCUGCUUGGUGUGACUUGCCUAUACUUCAAGGCCUCGAAUUACCCGUUUCGACUUGCCCACCCGUUGAUGUGGAAUGUUGUUACUCAAUUGAAAGGUUUCCAUGGCUACUUCCUCUAACAUUGUCGAAUUUGUUGAGGAAGGAGCCCUGGAGGCAAAUCGCGGAAAAGGUACGAGUAAACAGUUCUUCUGACGAUUUAUGUUCUCCCAUUCUUUGAUGACAGUGUUUACUGCGGCAUUGUGAGCUUAAUGCUGCGAUUGUAACCACUUAACAAAAUUGUCCAUGAUAAAACUUUACAGCUCGUAAAUAAUCAAAUUACCAAGCAUUCGUUCAAGGAAUCAUAGAAUUUAAUUAUCUUCUGGGUAGAGAGAUGUUAAAAGUUUUUUAAGGAGGAGGAUUUAUAUCCAAACGAGGAAAGCUAUGUACGAUUUUAGAGUAGAGCCGCUAGACUCGGAAAACCAUUCAGGAGGUAUGUGUAUCUACGUCGUGUCCCAACGGCGAAGAAGGAAGGCCGAGCCAUUUGAGUUUGGAAGUCGUUGCACCUGAACAAUAAAUAUCUACUACCAUCUAACCAUCUUUAAAUAUUCGGAUGUUCAGUGAGGUACAAAGUAGCGAAUUUUACCUUGUGUAUUUUACAAGCCUACAUUAUUGAACAUUAGGGUCUCACCUGAAACCAGCCCUGUUAUCUUUGCGAAUGUAUGCGAUUGUGUACGGGGAGAGAAGGGGGGGGGGAAGGAGAAGAUAAACAUGUGAUCAUAUGGAGUUUAGCAAUCGCCUUCCUUGAAUGUAUCAAGCCAAGCAGCUUCUGAGAAAAAUUCUGACAUCUUCACUACGGCAGUCCCUAAUUUCUCCAACCAUGUGACCAAGAGAAACGAGGGAUCUGGGGACGAGUUUGUCAUUUAUGUGUUCUUACGGACUUCGAUAACUGUAGUCGCAUUAAAGCCAUACGCAACCGCUGUUUCUUGUUAAUUUGUUCUCGUGUAUAUAUUAUUUUUUUCCCUCAGGUAAUAGACUGGCUGUUAUCCUUAAGAGGGGAUCCUAGGCUGAAAACCGCUAAUGUACACUACAUGCUUAUACAAGGUAAAUACCCCUUACGACCGCAUGCCGGAAUGCAACAGAAACAUAAAACAAUAAAAUUGAUAAACAUUUGGCUAGAUGCGAUCGACCAUCUGACUGAUUGAUUGAUUGUAUGGCCAACAAAACGACCGAACGAACGGCCGAACCAACGAACGAACUACCGACCCAACGAACAAACUAUCUACCCAACAAACGAACUACCGACCUAACGAACGAAUUACCUACCCAACAAACGAACUACCGACCCAACGAACGAACUAACGACCCAUCGCUCUGACGAAGGACUAACGCUCGAAACGUCAGCUUUUUUACCCUUUACGGUGGCCAAUUUACAUUUUCUACUCGUAUGUUAACACUAAAUUAUCAACGAACGAACUACCGAGCCAACAAACGAACGAACUAACGACGAACCGAUUAACCGAGUGGACAGUUUGUGCGAUCAAUCUAGUUGGUCAGUUUUCAUUUGUCAUUUUAAUACUUGAUGAAGCUCUUUUUUUCAGAUACACUUAUUUCGUUGCGGGAGACAGACGCAUAUAGAAAACCAGCCGUGUGGACUAAAUUAGUUGCUAAACUCCACCGUAAAUAAAUAAAG